CAGCCAAAGCUACGUCUUUUCUCCUUCUCUUCCUUCCCCUCUCAACCACAUCUCUCUUCUUCCUCCUCUUCUUCUUCCAUUCACAUCUCUUUUUUCUUCCAUCCCCGAAAGAGAAAGAUAAUCACGAUGCUGUCCUCCACCAGAAUCGCAACCCGGCAAGCUGCCGCUCGCCGCAUGGGCGCUCUGCCCGUCACGGCCGCGAGAGCCGGUUCUACCUGGGCCAACGUCCCUCAAGGUCCUCCUGAUGCCAUUCUCGGCAUCACGGAAGCCUUCAAGGCCGACAAGUUUGAACAGAAGAUCAACCUCGGUGUCGGUGCCUACCGUGACGACCAGGGCAAGCCCUACGUCCUCCCCUCCGUCCGCGCCGCCGAGGAGAAGGUCAUCGCCGCCAAGCUGAACAAGGAGUACGCCGGCAUCACCGGUGUCCCCGAGUUCACCAAGUCCGCCGCCGUCCUCGCCUACGGCGCCGACUCCUCGGCCCUCGACCGCCUCGCCAUCACCCAGUCCAUCUCCGGCACUGGUGCCCUGCGCAUCGGAGGCGCCUUCCUCGCCCGCUUCUUCCCCGGCGCCAAGAACAUCUACAUCCCCACCCCCUCGUGGGCCAACCACGGCGCCGUCUUCAGCGACUCGGGCCUCACCGUCAACAAGUACCGCUACUACGACCCCAAGACCAUCGGCCUCGACUUUGAGGGCAUGGUCGCCGACAUCAAGGCCGCCCCCAAGGGCUCCAUCUUCCUCUUCCACGCCUGCGCCCACAACCCCACCGGUGUCGACCCUACCCCCGAGCAGUGGCGCGAGAUCUCCGACGUCGUCAAGGCCCAGGGCCACUACUCCUUCUUCGACAUGGCCUACCAGGGCUUCGCCUCGGGUAACACUGACACUGAUGCCUUCGCCGUCCGCCACUUCGUCAAGGAGGGCCACAACAUCUGCCUCGCCCAGUCCUUCGCCAAGAACAUGGGUCUCUACGGCGAGCGUGUCGGUGCCUUCUCCAUCGUCGCAAAGGACGCCGAGGAGCGCAAGCGCAUCGACUCCCAGGUCAAGAUUCUCGUCCGCCCUCUGUACUCCAACCCUCCCGUCCACGGCGCCCGCAUCGCCUCCACCAUCCUCAACGACGCCGCCCUGAACCAGCAGUGGCUCGGUGAGGUCAAGGGCAUGGCUGACCGCAUCAUCACCAUGCGCGCCCUCCUCAAGGAGAACCUCGAGAAGCUCGGCUCCGCCCACGACUGGUCCCACAUCACCAGCCAGAUCGGCAUGUUCGCCUACACUGGCCUGACCAAGGAGCAGAUGGACGCCCUCGCCAACGACCACUCCGUCUACGCCACCAAGGACGGUCGUAUCUCCGUCGCCGGUAUCACCAGCGGCAACGUCGGCCGCCUCGCCGAGUCUAUCUACAAGGUCAAAGGUUAAAUCUUGCCAUUGUGAAUGUUUUUGUGAUUUAUCCCCAUGCGAGUCUCAGUUUAGAACGCUCUCAGCUAGCUUGCAUUUCUCCAAGAGAUAUCACGAGGUCUGUUGAAAGGGUAGUUGGUUUUCUAUAAAAAGGGGGGAUUUGUACAACCAAAAGGGGGAGAGGUCUUCUCUUUUGCGCA